CCAUAAGGUGUAAAGAUUUCCCCCCCUCCCCGGCCCCUCUCUGCCCCUGCCCCUCCGCCACACGUCCUGGGGCGCGGGGCCGCGGCUCCGCCAAUGGGGCGGCGGGGCGGCAAGAGCCGGGUUGUGGCUGGCCGAGCCGCGCACGCCGUGGGGUUGUGACUGGCCGAGCCGCGGCGGCCCUGCGCAGAACGGCCCAAUGGCGGCACUGCACACCCCGGCAUUUGUUUACAUAUUGGUGGAGGAGCCCAGGAGCACUGCACCUCGCUCAUCUUUGUGCUGAAAUCGACUUUUGAGACUUUUUCCCUGGCCCUCUCCACGUUGCCACGGUGGCGGAGAACAAGAAGUCUAGCAUGACCAAUUCGGACGAGGAGAUGAUAGCGUUGAGAUGGAACAACCACCUCACCACGUUAUCACAGCUUCUCUUCUCGCUACGGGAGGAGGAAACCCUCAUCGAUGCCACACUGGCUUGUGAUGGGAAACUGUUUCCUGCACACAAGUUUGUCCUCUCAAUGUGCAGUGAAUACUUCAAAGAAAUGUUUACCACCAACCCCUGCAAACACCCUAUUGUGUACAUGAAGGACGUGAAGAGCGAGGACAUGGAGGCUCUACUAGACUUCAUGUACCGAGGCGUGGUACACAUACCCCAGGAGUCCCUCACCGGCCUGCUCAAGACUGCCGAGGGCCUUCAGAUCCGCGGACUUGGAAUGUUUGCGCGUGAGGCUGCAGCCCAGGAGAAUGCCGGAAUACCCACCUCAGACCGCUCAGUGGCGUCUGGAGCCCUGGAGCCCAACGUCAUGAUGAGUCCUGAGCGGAAGCGACCCUACGACAUGGACCACUCCGAAGCCUCUCUGGUGAACUUCUCUGACGGGGAACUUGAUGACCACCCACUCCACACCAGCACCUCCUCCAACACUCCCAAGAAGAGCAAAUCCUCAGAUGACGGCUCAUCAGACAUACCAGCGCCCAUCCCCGACUUGCCGCGAGUCUCAGAAGACAUGCUGGACCUAGGAGGUGGAGUAAACAUACCGGCCAGUGACUACUUUAAGUUUCGUCGCACCAACGCCAACCGUUACAUCAACGAUCUCCUCCGUUACUUUUUUCCCGUCGAAGUCCUCGCCUCUUCCUCUCUCACAGGCGGGGAGUGCUUCGCCAACAAAGACAAAGGACCCUCCAACAAGAACCAGCUCGACCCCUGCAUCAUCAGAGUCAUCACACAUGAUGCAAUACGGAACUUUCCCGCCAUAGACGAGAAGCAGGUGAGAAAUGCAAUACGUCGUAAGCUCAACACAGAAUCCCGCAUCUACCGCAGUCAGGAAAAAUUUGGGGGUACUAUCAAGCGCAGUGGAAUUCCGAGGCGGCGCAGCAGGUUUGCGGAGUCCCCUCGGGCCCUGGUGUCUAUUGAAAAGUCUGCCGACCGGGAGAAAGACAAGGGGCCACCAAUGGUGACGCCGAAUGUCACUGUAGAGAAGGCACCAUCGAAGGACUCCAGGAGACCCACCUAUGGCCAGACCCAGCAGCAAGACAAGGAUGGGAAGAGAGAAGAUGCCUCAUCUUACUUCGGUAGGCAAGACAAAACAGCCCCAAGGCUUAGUGAUCAGGCUCAGCCAUCUAACUCAGCAACCCCAACCCCUGUGGCUACACCCAGCCUCCCCUCCUCAUCCUCCUCCCCUGCCACCAUUGCAGACAAGACGUUUAAGCUCUGUCACGAGAACCUGGUGAAGGCCGAGCUGCCCGCUGCCACUCAGUACCUGCCGCAGGAGUACUCGUACCCCACGGUAAUGCCGCCGCAUGUCAGUCAGGCCUACCUCCCCCACCACAUGGCUGCAGCCGACCCCACGUACCUGCGUCGACUAGAGAUGAGCCAGGGAGCUCCACACCCUGCAGCGCUCUCCUACACGUAUCCACACGCCACCUUACCCACUUCAGAGUCCAUGGAGCCCAGUCUGCACAUGUAGUGAGGUUUGUCUGUCUCUUUCUUCAAAUUCCAGUGCAAAUUUACAAAAUAUGAAAGUUUUUAUAUUCACACAGGUGAGGAUCUCUGCCACAGAGCCAAGAAGUCACUUGUACUUGUUAUUCAUGCCACAUUUUUGAUGCAUGAAAGAUCUGAUUUAUGCAAUUCUUUUUUAAAUAUUUAUUUAAAAGUUUACUAUGUGAUAUGGAAUUUUCUCUUAAAAAUUUUAGGAAUUUCACAGAUCAUGUUUGGUUUCAUAUCAAAUAGGUUGAAUUAAUAACUCCAAGUGAUGCUUAGUGUCAGGAACUGUAGAUAACUGGUCAAUAGGACUGUCAAUAAGAUUUUAUACUUAAUUUUAUACAGCCUUUGACAAAUCCAGUGUGAAGAGGGAAAUAUUUAUAUUCCUAAUUAAUGUUUGUAUUUUUUUUCUCAGAAUCCUGUUACUUUACUUUGUUAGUCACUCUUUAGGGAUGCAAUAAGGAUCACCUUUAUUGACCUGUUUGGUAAACAUCUAACAUGACCAUCUCUGUGACUAAGCCAAUGUUCAGUUUUAGGGAGCCCCAACUUACCCAAUGUUCUUCUUCAGUAUAGUCUAUUCAUUUGGGCAAGGCCACUCACGGUAGCUUAGUCCCAGCGACUCCACUUCCCCCUUCUGGCUGGGUAGCUCCAAGCUGGGUGAUGUAACCUAUAUUUGUCAUGUUAAGUAGUCAACAUAAAAUGGUAAGUAGUAAUAAUAAAAUGUUAAGUAGUCAACAUAAAAUGCAUAAUUAAAUUAAAUCACCUUGGGCAGUGCUUGAACAGUUUGUGUUAGAAGUGCAUUUUAUGUUGACUAAACAUUUUAUUAUUACUACUUACCAUUUUAUGUUGACUACUUAACAUGACAAGAAGGUUACAUCAUCCAGCUCGGAGCUACCCAGCCAGAAGGGGGAAGUGGAGUCGCUGGGACUAAGCUAACAUGAGUGGCCUUGCCCAAAUGAAUAGACUAUAUUAGUACAUAACAUGACCAGGAACCAAGAGCCUUUGAGGCGUGUGGUGCCCCUCCCUGCAAGUUACAACUAGGGUGAUGCCCUGUUGUAUUUCCUGGUAGCCAGUGAUUAGCCUCCUCUCUUAAAGUUGAAUCCUGUAUAUAAUGAAAAUCAUCGGUAGAGGCUUCAUUAAUAUCUUAUCAUUGAAUACUACUACUCUCAUUAGCAUUCCAAAUUUAACACUAAGGUGUAUGGGGACAAUUCAUCACUGGCCUGGGGAGCGAGGAGGUGUGCCACCUGGCUUGAAGGUGUUGAUUCUGAGCCAUAACUUCAUUAUGUUUGUUUGAGAGGAGAUAGUUCUCAACAUAUCUUUGCACAUAAACCAGCAUAUGGUCUUGCAAAUGAAUAUAUUUCAAAAGUUUCAUCAGGGUGGAAAAAAACUUGGUACGUUAGCAUGCUUCACAGUUAAUACAGAGCUUACCACAGAGAGUCUGGAGAGACAUGGGGUCAGGACAGGGCGAGAGGAAGCUGUCUGAGCACUGCCAGCGGGGAGCCACUAGAGAAGGGACGGAAGAGUGUGACGUGUGUUUUAUAAUGGUUAUAAUUUUGGCAUGUUUUCUGCCUUCCAUUCUGGCACUCCAUCUGCAGUUACGGAUGUGGUAAUGUGGAACUUGUAUGUAUUUAUUUGUUUUAUGUAUGUUUAUUCUAAGAAUUAUAUUAAUCCUAAUAGUGCUUACAAUCAUUACCAUUUUUUUGUUUUGUCACUUUUCGAUCACAUAGUCCAUCCAUCAACUGUAAAAGUCUCCACUUGUCACUGUUCACCCAAACUUUGUCCUUCAUAUUUGCUUUCUGUUAAACUUUGUUGCAGACAUGUGUUGACUACAGUUGAGUUAGAGAUAGAGUACAAGAUCACCUUCCUGCUACAUAGUUUCACAAUGUACAUAUCUUUGAGUUCAUUAACCAGUAGCCUGUUUGUCUGAGCACCAAAUCUGUAUUUAUUUUUAUCCUCCUGAACUUCAUUAACAGGAGACUCACCUGCACCUUGCAUGUUUACCUAACUCUCAAUCUCAAAAUUGGAACACUGUACUUUUUUACCUAAUGUUCUCUUAAUCAUGUGUUGCUCAGUUUCUCAGUUGCUAAGUGACACCCUACGUUUGAAAAUACCCCAGUGUUAAGUAAUGGCUUUAAUGUACUUUACAAUACUAUCUUUUCUUUUCUUUUUUACUUGUUGAAAGUACUGUUGCCUUCUGUCAUAGUAUGACUAAACUGAGAGGUGGUCCUGUGGUCCUGUGGCCUGACCAGCAGCCCUUCCCAGCCCCACACCCUCAGCCCAGGCACAGUGAGAGUCUGUACUUUGUUAGCACUUUGUUUUUGUUGGGUAGUGUGCAGUUCAGAGAAAAUUGGUGAAUAUAUGUAAUAUUAAGAUUGUAUGAGAGUAGUAUGCAUGUGAUAUUUGGCAUGUGUGUGUGGGGGGGCAUAUAGCAAAGUUGUUGUGAACCAUCUGUUGGCAUCACCAAGGACACUGACGUUUUUGCUGAUGAUGCCGUACUUAUGGAAUGGCUGGAGGUUCUGGUGAUGGCUCUCAAAGUAUGCAUGGGGAGGUGAAGCCAGUGGGACUGAAGGCCUCCUGGGCCAAAACCAAGGUCCAGGUAUUUGGAGGCUUGCUGGAACAUAGUUCAGUCUGUUCAUGCAUAUGGUGAGCACACUGAGGUCACUAAAACCUCACAUACCUUGGCAGCAUAGUGCAAAACAAAGAUGGGUUUUACCAGGAAGUCACUCGAUGGAUUGGCUUGGCCCACUUUAUUAUGGACUCGCUCAACAUGAGUACACGGCAUUGUCGAUAUCUAUGGAGACCAGACAAUGAUUCAGAUCUUUACGUCACUUGUGAUCCCUGUCUUACUGCAUGGCUGUGAGACAUGGACACUGAAGAGUGACUUGGAGAGGCGUGUAGAUGCCUCUGGUACCAAGUACCUUCACAGGGUCAUGGGAUAUCGCUGGAAUGACUUGUGCUGAACCAGCGACUUCUUGAUGAAACUGAAUUGAGGCCCGUUACCAGCUUAGUCUUUGAAUGCCAACUCUGGCAAUAUGGGCAUGUGGCAUGCUUCCUGCUCAUAGGGUUGUUUCUGUAUGAGACAACCCUGACUGGAGGAGACCAAGGGAACACCCACAUAACUCAUGGCUGGGGCAAUUUGAUCGACCCUACCGAGUGGGGCCUGAAAUGGAAAGGGUAGCUGCGUGGAGGCUUGCUUCAGGGGAUUGUCGGGAGUGGAGGCUGCGGGUGAAUGAAGCAAUGCACCACCUGGCAUAUGCUCCCUGUUAGUGUGUGUGUGUGUGUGUGUGUGUGUGUGUGCACAUUUCAGUCAUCAGAUCUGCCUCACAUGUACAUCAAACACUGUACACUAGAAAAGGGCUGCUAUUAAUCUUAACCUUAUUCUCACCCAGUGUUGCAUGACCGAUGGAACACUACAGUCAUCAUAUUGGUGCUGUAUCUGGUAUUGCUUGGAGUAUCUAGCCAGGUCUCUGUAUAUUCUUGUGUCCAGAUCUUUACAUAUAUUUCUACAUUUCUAUCAGCCUUUUCCUACUGCGAGGAGUGUGGGUCGGAGUGAGGGCUGUGGCUAGUGAUCAGUGUGGGUGUGAGAGGGGGCCGGUGCAAGUCACAGGCAGGGGUUGAAAGGGUUGGGUUUCUUUUGAAUAUAUAUUAUAUCUGCAUUUUCCAUAAGAGCACAUUUUACAGAGGUUAUAACAUUAUGAGCAAGUUAUUUAAGUUACUUCUACCAUUUGUGAACUUUUAUCUUAAGAACCUGCAUACUAUGUAUGUAAGCCUUUGUACAUAGUCUCUUCCUUCACAUCCAUUGCUGUACUCUUUAAGUUGUUAGCAUUAUAGCGAGAGUUGUAGUGGUAGUCACAUUUUCUCAUGAUGUGUGUGUCAGGGAUCAGCCCAGUUAUUACGUUAGUAUUCGUGUGCCUAAAAUUACUACAAAAAUAAAAUCUUUCAUUCA